AUGGACAUCCUGAAGGGGGUCAAGGAUGUGACUGCUGAUACGCUUGCCGGGACUGGCGAGACCUUGGACAAGGCUGGAGAAACUUUCAAUGACGCAGCCGAUAGACUUGAUGGAGAUAACCCGCCUCCACCUGAGAAAGUGGUAGAAGAUAGUAUCCGCGUGAAUCUUGUCACUGAUGGAAAGAGCAUCCACGGAGGAUUCUACAUGAAGCUGUCUCGACUCGUUCGUGAUGAAGAAAAUUUGUCUUCAUUGAGAAACAUGAUUGCCGGAUCAACAGAGCGCAAAGAUGUUGCUUUACUCGACUUCUGCUCAAAGAGCGGUAUAGUUGUUCCUGACACAUACUCGAUCAAGGAUUACAUCAACGAGUGUUUGAAACCUGCGGGCGACAUGGCUAAGGAUGGGAUUCUCGACAUGUACCUGAAGACAGGCCCCAAGCAAACAAGAAGAGACCCCGCCCAGGAGGAAUCUGAGAUCACCGAAGGGCAAUACAUCGAUUCGUUCAAGCUUGCAAAGCUUCGAAGUGAGUUCGAUGAUCGUGCCUUCAAGCUCCUUACCGGCACCUUCUUCAAGUAUCCGGCCCAGCUUGAGGAACAAGACUGGUCCGUAGUGGCUGAAAACAAUGCCUUGUGCUACGGAAGCUGCAUCGUCCGCCGCCAACAGGGUGGUAAGAUGCUUGUUGUGGGCAUUGAGAGAGCUCGCUAUCCAGCUUUCAUUUUGAAGAAGAGGAACAUUCUCUCGGAUAGGUUGACUAGCAAGACUGUCAAGGAUGUCAUGUUCUACCUUCGUAUACCGGAUUUUCUCAUUGACGAUCAGUCAUUUGUGUCCAUUUACGAGACUAGUAGUCAUCUCCAGUCCUCCCUCGCCACAUCGGCCUACACAUCAACAGAUGUUUCUGCAGCUGCCUCAGGAAGUCUGUUUGGCUUCUCUAUGUCGGCAUCAGCAAGCUAUGGAGAGUCUACCUCUGGAUCAUCGGAGACCUCUCAAGAGUCGAGCAGAAAGCAGGUUACCAUCGCCUACAAUUUCCCGAGGGUUACUGCACUCAUGGACGAGAAUUCCCUCGAGUUGACAAUGGAAUGCCAAAGAGACUUGGCAGAAGUGAAGGACGCAAAGUCUCUGACAAAGUUUUUGGAAAACUACGGCGAGUUCUUCAGCUCGAGGGUACAGCUUGGCGGGCGACUAUUUGCUACAGAGGACGUCGAGGAGAGCUCUUCGAGCGAUUCAAAGACUGAAGAGACAAAGAAGGCCAUGAAGGCCGCGGCAUCUGCCUCGUUUGGUAGCUUCAGUGCCUCCGUCAGUGCAUCGCAUGAGGACAACGCCUCCAAGGCGUCCUCGAACGCCGCCAGCCGUGCAUCAUCGACCCUCACAUGGCAGGCUCGAGGGGGAGACACCCUGCUGUGCAAUGAUCCAGCUGCUUGGUGUCCGACUGUGGGAGACUACUAUUAUUGGAGGAUCACCAAGCAAGACAAGGUGUUGCACCUUGUAGACUUCAUUGGAAAACUUCCCGGAUUCGAAAACGUGCCGCAGAAACUAGAAGAAUGGCGGAAGGAAGCCGGGAAAUUCGUGACGCCUCAGAGGUUUUUCUUGAAUCUAGCCUCGAGGAGCCCUCUGGGCCGCUUUCUUGAAGCCAAGGAUCCUGUGGAUGUUUCUCUCCAGCGAGCCGCCGCGGCUCUCAUGAAGCAGGGUGGUCAACCUACGGAGUCAACGACUAACGCGAGGCUCUACGGAAUGGGAGCGGCCUGUCUUGGAAACUGGACACGCAAUUGGGGAAUGUGGCAAGUGAAAUGGGAAGUCGAGACCGAUGACGGUGAAAAUGUAGACUUGAUCCACUACGAGACCCCGUACCGUCUCCGGCACCCAGAAAAGGGAUACGUCCACUUCGACCUUUCGGGAGCUCAUUUCCUGUACAUGAGCAACGUGAAGAACUCGAACUCAUUCGUGCUGUUUCGGAAGCAAGGCGGUGACAAGAAGCCCACACCGAUCUCCAAAGACGAGCAGAACAAGGACUUGACGCUACAUUUCGUGACCAAGGGCAACAAGGAAGAGGAGGGCUUCAUCUAUGUUGCCUGCGAGGAGCCAGGGACUCAGUAUCUGAGCGUGUCACCGGGACCCGACGCGAAGCAGCUGACUCCGGCUGUGAUGAAGCUCAGGUUCGCCGACACUCUGGAUGACAAAGGACGAUGA